AUCUCAUCAAUUUUACAAAAGAAUCCUAUUAUCCUUUGCAUUAAACCUUAUACUAGACAAAUAAAGAAACAGUAUGGCUAUCAUGAAACUAGUUUGGUAAUUCAAAAGCAUUGAGAUUGUUGUAAUUACUUCAUUUUGCAUGCAAAUUGGAGUGUAGGUGGUGCUAGUUGAAAGAGGAGGAGUAGUUUUAGUUUUAGUUUUAGUUUUAGGCUUACCAAAUUGGAGCUUGACAACAACAUACAUGAUCAUUGAUUCUUGCUAAAGCAAAGCAAUUUAAUUAGCAAGUAUUACAAGUCACGAUUAUGGUUAAGGUUAUCCAAAUCUUUGUGGUCUAUGAUUAUGAAACUCAGAAGCAAAUGUAAAGCUUUCACAAUUUCCAUGUCAAUGCAUAUUCAAAGAAAAAAGAUAAAUAAGCAUCGGAGGAGGAGUGAAAAGAAAAUGGAAGAAGCGAUGUAUGUUCAUCAAGAUUGUUGCAUGGAUUUUCUCAACCCCAAUUCAUCUCCCCCAUGCAUAUCUCCUGAGCUCGCAUAAUUAAAUCACAUACCCGAUCCACCUCCCGGAUGCCGGGAUUUCUUCCCCAAUCCCGGCCUUUCUUCUUCUUCUAGUCAAACAAGUCUUCAAUUAGGGCCAAUCAACACGCCUUCUUCUUCCUCAAACACAAAAACAUCUCCCUUUUUUUACUUCUAACUGCUAUAAGUUGGUUGUGUUUUCCCACUUCGCCAAGUGUUUGAAAAUGGAGGGUGGGGUGUGCAUGAAUGGGAUGUGCGCUUCUUCAAACUCCCUGGAAUGGAGAAAGGGCUGGCCUCUGCGAUCUGGUGGUUUUGCUACUUUAUGUGAUAAUUGCGGGACUGCCUAUAAACAAUUGGUCUUCUGUGAGAUGUUCCAUUCAGAUGAAACCGGUUGGAGGGAGUGCGCUUCAUGUGGGAAGCGUCUUCAUUGUGGGUGCAUUGCUUCUAGUUCAUUGCUCGAGCUACUUGACACUGGUGGUGUAAGUUGUAAAGGCUGCAGCAAGAGUUCUAAGCUUCCUUCUACACCAUUGGAAGAAAAACAUAAGGCAUGUGAUCUGUCUACAGAAAAUGGCGGUGAUCUAAAUUUUUGUAGGAUGGCUCCUGCACAAUCUGGUGAUGAUGCUGAAAAUGACCGCCAAGAACACUUGCCACCACCCCAGACUGUUGAUACAAUUCCAAGGAAACAGGAAGAUGAUUUUGCUGGUUCAGGAGAAAUUGGGUAUAAACUGUUGCCAAGCUUUAAUCAGUCAUCCAUUGGACCAUCAAAAAGCUGCGACGCAUUGCAAGAAACUAGAAGUGCUAAAAGUGUACAUGAAUCAUUAGUCCAGACGAACUUGAGCAUCAGUCUGUCUGCCUCGUCAAACUCAAAUUCCUUAACUGGGGUGAUUGCUGAAGAAAGGCAAUUGAGCACCGCAAUAUGUUCAUUUCAACAGGGGUGCAGGCCCCGCCAUCUCCUACCAAGGCUACCGAAUUCCAUUCUGGCUGCAGGACUAGAGACAAACUCUGGCACUAUUUCGCAGUUGCGUGUUGCAAGGCCACCUGUGGAAGGAAGGGUCAAGAAUCAGUUGCUUCCACGUUAUUGGCCUCGAAUAACAGACCAGGAGUUGCAGCAAAUAUCUGGAGACUCAAAUUCUACCAUUGUUCCCUUAUUUGAAAAGGUUUUGAGUGCUAGUGAUGCUGGCCGAAUCGGUCGUCUGGUUCUUCCUAAAGCAUGUGCUGAGGCAUAUUUUCCGCCAAUCUCUCAACCAGAGGGCCUUCCUCUGAGGAUUCAGGAUGUGAAGGGCAAAGAAUGGGUAUUCCAAUUCCGAUUUUGGCCAAACAAUAAUAGCAGAAUGUAUGUUUUAGAGGGUGUUACCCCUUGCAUUCAGUCAAUGCAAUUACAAGCUGGAGAUACUGUUACCUUCAGUCGAAUGGAUCCAGAAGGAAAACUUCUGAUGGGUUUCAGGAAAGCAUCAAACAGUAUUUCUGUACAGAAGGAAUCACAUUAUUCCAUGAAUAGUGGUGCUCUUCAAGGUGAAACACUCUUGGGCAGUGCUGAAAAUUUACCUUUAAUGAGUGGCUACUCUGGCCUUCUUCAGUCACUGAAAGGAAGCAGGAAUUCUUCUAUGAAUGUUUACUCUGGGAAUAUCAACCCCAAAAUCAUUGAGAAGAAUGUAACUGGAGACAAUCUACUGGCCCAACCAUUGCUGCUUCCAGAGCGCAAACGAAGAAAUAUUGGGCCCAAGAGUAAAAGACUACUUAUUGACGGGCAUGAUUCUUUGGAGCUGAGGCUGUCGUGGGAAGAGGUACAGGAGAUGCUUCGCCCACCACCAAGCACCAAGCCAAGCACCAUUUCAGUUGAGGAUCAUGAAUUUGAAGAGUUUGAAGAGCCACCUGUUUUUGGCAAGAGGAGCAUUUUCAUUGUCCGUCUAUCUGGGGAGCAUGAGCAAUGGACUCAAUGCGAUAGUUGCUUUAAAUGGCGAAAAAUGCCCAUUGAUGUUCUUCUCCCUCCCAAAUGGACAUGUCGCGACAACAUCACCGAUCAGGCAAGAAGCUCAUGUUCUGCGCCAGACGAGUUGAGCCCCAGGGAACUUGAGAAUCUUCUCAGGAUGAACAAGGACUUCACAAAAAGGAGAGUCCCCACAAGCCUCAAACCAGUGCAUGAAAAUGAAUCUCAGGACCUGGAGACUCUCACAAAUGCUGCAGCUGUUGGAGGUGGGAUGAAUGAACCAGGUGCUUCAUCUGUAGCAACAACUACCAAACAUCCGAGGCACCGUCCAGGCUGCUCCUGCAUUGUGUGCAUACAGCCUCCUAGUGGGAAGGGCAAACACAAGCCCACAUGCUUGUGCAAUGUCUGCAUGACAGUCAAACGACGCUUUAAGACCUUGAUGAUGCGCAAGAAGAAACGUCAAUCAGAGCGUGAAGCAGAAAUUGCACAGAGGAACCAGUUUGCCUCAGCUGCUGAGGAAGCAGAGGUGGAUAGUGUUUCUCAUCAGGUGUCACCACAACUUGUUGGUUCUGACAAUGCAAAGAAAUCAGAAAGUGAAAUGCUUUUCAGAUGCCAGAGCGACGGGCAGUCUCAAGAAAAUGCUGAAAUCUUGAAGGGAGGACUAGACUUAAAUUGUUGUCCAGGUCGGGAACAUACUGCACCUUCCCAUGUCAGCAUGAUGAGUCUUCUUCAAGAAGCUAGUUUGCCUUUGGAGACAUAUCUAAGGCAGAAUGGACUUACAAGCUUGGUUUCUGAGCAACAAGCGUCUGCACCACUUGUGGUACCCCAGGCACCUGGAGCAAACAUGGCCCAACCGCAGGAGGAUCAAGGUUUUUCUGCUUUUACUCCAGAGCAUGAGGAGGCUAGUCAUGAAUUAUCUGAAAAAGACCAAAAAGAAAAUGAUACUUCUUGAUGGUUCCCUCUUUUUUCUUUUGUUCUUAUAGUUUUUAUUGGUCAAUCCUUGCUACAAGUGAAGCAUAUCACAUACAUACAUGUAGAACAUGUUCAGAAUGAUGCCUAAAGAUGAUGAUAUCAUGCGAAAUACAAAGUCAUAUUACUUAUUA